AAUAAGACCUUUUGGCCACUAGAGGCCUCUAUCGUUCUCUAUGGUCCAGGCUGACGAAAAUUGAUAAAUGGCAAACAUCUAGCACUUGAGUUCACUUGCCACCUGUUGGUCAAACAGAGAGAUUGCAUAAGGAUCACACUGUGGUCAAUGCCAUUGUUCUACAUGGUGGAUCUGAUUGUACUGACACAUGGUUUUGGUGUAAUUUCUCUAGUUCACAAAAUAUAGGCUAUAGAUUAUUAUUUUAAAGUAUUAUUAUUAUGAGUUUGUCCAGAAGGACUAUAGGACCUGCACCACCAUCAUGCAUCAUUCAAAAACAAUAGCCUUAAUGCUGUAAUUUCAAACAGGCCUGCCCUGAUCUUCCCGGAAUAUUAAACACGAAGUUCAAAUCCUGUAAUAAUGUACAAGUAUAAUAUAGAUGUUACAUAGAAUAUCCACCAGAAGUUGAUUUUAGUUGAAUGCUGUCUGGGGGCGCUGUCUUUACAUGCAAAACCCUCCCCAUUCAAGUUUUCCUCCACGGUACCAACAGGGGGAACAGCGUGUGGUUUUCUGACCAGGUUCCAUUGAGGUGACGGGAACCGGGGUGAAAGAGGGGCGUCGAGAGAAGAAAAAACUAACUCAACAUACCAGUCUUUGGCUUUGAGUUCAUGGAUCUGUGACGAUUAGACUUGGAGUUGAUUAUUUUUCUGUUAUUUUUCUGUUGUUGGAGGUGUUUAAAGGUGUAGGGAAACUGUCGGCGAAGAUUUUAAUCUCAGAAUGCUGCUGGUCUGAAACAAAGGGGUCGGGACUUCGGGAGUGUUGCAGUGGUAAAAGCAGGUUGAAAGGGUGGACAGUGGGCACAACUCACCACUGGCAAGAUGGAGCAGGAGAGGCAGUGGUGGACGAGCCAGCUCGCUGCAGACAUCCACCAGUCUCUACGAAUAAAGGAGCUGAAGUUGCCCACCUACAAGGCCCACUCCCCUCAGAUCGGGAUGCGACGGUAUUUUUCGGACCUGCUGGCUGUCCUCAGUAACCGCUACCAGCUUUGCCCGGCGGCUCGCCAUCUGGCCGUCUACCUCCUGGACCUGUUUAUGGACAACUACGAUGUGGCAGUCCGCCAGCUCUACGUCAUUGCCCUCUCCUGUCUCCUCCUAGCCAGUAAGUUUGAGGAGAAGGAGGACCGUGUGCCGAAGCUGGAGCAGCUCAACUCUCUGGGCUUCAUGUGCAGUCUGAACCUGUCCCUGGGCAAGAAGGACCUGGUCAAGAUGGAGCUCCUCCUCUUAGAGACGUUUGGCUGGAACCUGUGCAUGCCCACGCCGGCCCACUUCAUAGACUACUACCUCCAUGCUGCUGUACAGGACGGAGACCUGCACAACGGCUGGCCUCUCUCCUCCCUCAACAAGACCAAAGCCUUCAUGGACAAAUACACACACUACUUCCUAGAAGUCUCACUGCAAGACCAUGCCUUCCUGGGCUUCCGGCCGUCCCAGGUGGCAGCAGCCUGCAUCGCGGCGUCCCGCAUCUGUCUCCAGAUCACCCCCAGCUGGACCACCGUCCUCCACCUGCUCACCGGAUACUCCUGGGACCACCUCACCCAGUGCAUGAAGCUGAUGCUGCUUGCCCAUGACAACGAUGUGAAACAGGCCAACAAAUCCAAGUCCAACUCUCCGUCUGGCCAGAGCCCUCUCCAACCCCAGGCCCAUCCCUCACCCUCCACAGUCUCCUGCUCCACCCUGAUACAACCCUCUUCUGGAUCCCAGCAGCUGCUCUUCCAGACAGGCGUCUACCAGCAGCACCUCACCCAGCACUCCACUUCCGUUUCCCAUCUGCACAUGCUAGGCGAGUCCCAGGCUCUGGGCCCUGUUGGGUCUCGGGACUACCUCCAGUCCCACCACACAGGGCUCCUUUCAGGCUCGGUUUCUCAGGGAGCCUUCCCCUCCUUCCCCAGCCUGACCUCAGGACUGAGCUCCUCCCUGCCCCUCCAGGGACCCAUCUCCAUGCAAGUGGCCCUUGCUGCAGAGCCCCGUCACUGUCUCGGCCUGUCCUACGGGGGAGGCUACCUGGGCUCCCAUCACACCUUCACAGCAGGCUGCUUCGACAGGUGACGCCAGGAGAGGGAGGACAAACUGAACCUGGGCCAGUCAGUGUCCUCCACCUGUCCUGACUCCCUGUCCUUCUCCACCCGUCCUGACCUCAUCCACCAAGGUCGAAGGAAACCAAAAGGAAGAAGCAACGUCAACGCAGAUAUUGCUGAGGUAUUGACCUAACAAAGGUCCUAACUAUUUGAAAUGACACAAUAUUUGUGAUGAGGUGUUUACAUACAGUAUGUACUGUUCACAUGACUGCUUGAUCUAUGAGGCUGUGAGGCUGGUUUGGCCACUGUGAUUCUGCUAUCAACGGUGGUUGCUUCCACACCAUUUCUCUCAAUGUGGGACAGCUGUUUUUUUAUACUGGUAUCUUUCAAUGCUGCUGCCUUAAAACAAAAUGAUGGCUUUAUGAUCAUGAAAGUGGUCUGUCCUUGGUAUUGUUUAGAUCAGUGGUUGUCAAACUUCUCAUCAGGGACCCCCAGACAUUUCACCAUUUUGUUGUAACUCUGAACUAACUCACCUGAUUCACCUAUUCGAGGGCUUGAUGAUUAUCUGGAAUAAAUCAAAUACAUGGAACAGCUGGGGGGUUCCUGAGGAGAGGUUUGAGAACCAUUGGUUUACAUGAACAAUACAAUAUAUCAGGGUGUUUGAUGGAUUACUUGAAAAAAAAAAAGCUUUAUUUAACAGCUGUGUCAAUUAAUUCCUUUUUUUAUGUUGUUUUUAACUUCUACUGGUUAAAGACGUGCGUAAUGUAAAAUGUAAUGUAGGAGAGAUGUCUCACUGAGAUUUCUGAUCUAUUCUUUGCCCUUGGCUGGUGUAGGGUAGACUCCAUCUUGUUUUGCUGUUCUGGUGCCACUGCAGGCAUGGAACCAUGGUAUCCAGGGGAACAGACACAUCUGUCCUCUCAGCACAUCAAACCACAGGGGAGGAAGUGAUACUUUACUAGCUAGUCUCCAGGGGGGGGGCAAAGCCACGCUUUCUCCUCAGUUGUCAUGUAAAUUCUCCUGACUGGUACCAUUUAAUAUGUGUGUCUUUGAUUGAAACCCAAUGAAAGUCACACAACCCUCACUGAAACAGCUACUGUUGCUCUCAUUGCCACAAAGACCCUGAGCAGUUAAUGACGCCAUGAGAAGGUUGCUACACGUGAUAUCUUGUGGUUCAGUACCUCUGACAUCCAUCUUAUUGGUGUGUAUUACUGUACUGUUGGAGCUAGAAACACAAGUAUUUCGUUACACCUGCGAUAACAACUACAAAUCUGUGUAUGUGACCAAUAAACGUUUGAUUUGAUUUGCACAUACAACUACUGAUGUCCUACCUCAGUCACUCUCCAGGGGUGUGUCGUUUUACGGCAACAAACCUGCUGUAAAAUUGACCUUGCUGGGUCAGAUGGAUAGAGUGCCACCAAACAUGAUAUAUCCUAUAAAAUUAGCAAAAUGAUAGUUGACUUUAAGCUGUUUUGUGAUUAUUGGUUACCUUGGAUACAACCCACUAAAUGUCAGUAGGAAUAUCUCAUACAUUGAAGAACAGAAGUAAAAUAACAGAGUUUAUGACUCAGGCUUAACAAUGGCAUCAACUUUUUUCUUUGAUGCUUACAUGGGAUAUAUUGCCACAUUCACAUGCUAGUCGGAAUUCAGAAAUGUCCGACUUGCUAACUUGUUGAAUGCGUCACGUGUAUAACUACGACCAGUUAGCAAGUGGGACAUUUCAGUUUCCUAGUUCCGACUAGAAUGUGAACGUGACAUAUGAGCUUGACGUCUGUGUCGUGAGUCAAUGACGCUGUCAUAUAGUGACAUCUAAAUCCAGGCAGGCCAGACAUGCUGUUACCGUUAGCCAAGUACAUGUGGGUCCAGUGUCCAUAUCUCAGGUUUGAUGGGGUGAGUAGUUCUAGAGUUAUGAAAUAAUUUCCACUGAUCACAUCCUGACCACAAUGUCUGUCUGCUUCCACUACUGUUGACAGAUGGCAUGAAGGGGCCAUGGGCCUCUAGUUUACUGGGUCUCAGAUAACAAAACCAUUAUCCUGCAUACCUUAACUUUGACCUACCUCAAUAUAUAGUGCAACCUAUGUUUGUUAUUUGCCACUUGUUUAAUUAGACCAAAUGUAUGUACAUUUAUACAACUUUAUUUUUUAUCUUGUGUUUUUUUGUUAACUGUGUGUGUGUUUUUAUGUUUGAAUAGAUGAAGAGUUCAACGCACCAUCAAAGACCAAUGUACUGUAUCUUGUGUGAUACGUAGGCUAACGGUUGAUUGGUCACUUUAGUUAAGACUACUUUCAAUCACACCGCCAUCUUAUUGUUAUGUUAUAAAGGUCACUGUCUUUUUUUUUUUGUUGCUCAUGUUUUUUAGUACUUGUGUUUUUAACUGCUUAAAGGCAGUGGAUCUCUUUACCUAAAAUGAAAAUGUUGCACAUUGCAACCACCUAGUAGCCUCAACUGUUGAAAUCCAAGUGGACCAACUACAUCCACUCCAACUGAACAAUGAUUACAGCUAUGUGCAGGAGAAGUACAUUGGGGAAGGGAAUCAAAAACAGUGUUUACUCUGUCAAAUAAGGUGCAAAUAAAAUAAAAAACCCUG